UUCAGCCGGUGAGAGUGACAACCUGUUUGGUGUCUUCCCCGGCAGGGAGCUCGCAGUAUCCAAAGCUGAAACAUGGAGGCUGAACACCUGUGAUAUCAAAGAGCGGGAGUCAGACCUGAACCAUGAAACUCGCCGCUGUGGCCUUUUACGGUUUCGCUCUGGGGCUUUUGGCGGUUGGCCUGCGAGAGCUGCUGACUGGCUUCGAGGAGAACAGAUGCAGUAUGACCUAUAUGUUUGAAUACCCAGAGUACCGGCGUGUGGCUCUGCCUCGUCGUGUUGCCAGACUGUACCCAGCGUACGGGCUCUACCUGUACGGAGAGGGUCUGUACGCCCAGGAGACCCGAGCGCUCAAACUCACCGGUGCCCCUGUGCUCUUCCUGCCUGGAAAUGCUGGAAGUUAUAAACAAGCUCGCUCCCUGGGCUCGGUGGCCCUGAGGAAGGCUGAAAACAUGGAGGGAGGUCUCCACUUCAACGUGUUCACCGUGGACUUCAACGAGGAGCUGGUGGCGCUUUACGGUGGCAGUUUGCUCCGGCAGACUCACUUCCUGCAUGAAAGCAUUAAGGCCAUCCUGAGGCUGUACAAGCAUCUGAAGACCCCUCCCCAGAGUGUGGUACUGGUGGGUCACUCCAUGGGAGGAGUGGUGGCUCGGGCGCUGUUCACGUUGCCUCGCUUCAACACAAACCUGGUCAGCCUCAUCAUUACCCAGGCCUCUCCUCACCUGGCUCCAGUACUGGCCCUGGACCCAUACCUGCUGGAUUUCUACUCUGCAGUGAGACAGAAGUGGGUGAACCGGGCAAACAAGCUCAGAAACAUCACAGUCCUGUCUGUUGGGGGUGGUUACCGUGACUACCAGGUCCGCUCUGGCCUAACGUCCCUGCCUUGUCCUCCGGGAGACCCCAAUAAGUUGUCACUGGUGGCAACUGCAGUUCCCAGGACGUGGGUCUCCACUGACCACCUCUCCAUCGUUUGGUGCAAAGAGCUUGUUCUUGCGACCGUCAGGGCGUUCUUUGAUCUCAUCGAUCCUGAAACCAGACAGUUCACAGAAAACCCGGAGAAGAAAAUGGUUGUGCUAAACCAUCACUUCAUCAGACAUCCUGUCAGGAUGUUGGGAGAAAUUCAAGACACUUCCAUUUCCAUCUUAGAUUUCCCUGAAGCGUGGAGUGAAGUGAACACACUGCGUCUGGUUUACAGCACACCAAAGGAAGGACAGGUCAAAUAUUUCCUGUUUGCUCUGUCGAGUCGGAGGAAAGCCUACAGCCAUUUCUACUGCCGCAGCAACAACCUGGAGAUGACCAGCUGGGUGUACGGCUGCAUGCACAAAAAUGGUUCUUCAUGUGUGCGUGCUGUAGAUCUGUCUAUGGGAACUGAGCUUCUGCCUCCAUACAAGGUCCUGAUUCUGAGUCUCAGCGACUUGUCUUCAGUCACUCAUCUGGUUGUUUCGGCUUCCAACCUGAACGGUCGACAGUUUACGGUGGAGUGCGAGUGGCAGAGACAAGAAUCUCAGACUCUGUCUGUCCCAGCUCCACAUGUCCUGUCCUUCGGUUUGACUGUCAGUGAUGUUACGGUCAACUCCUCUGGACUUCUUCACACCAUCGAGCUGCAGCACUUUCACCAGGUGUAUCAGGCUUUCAGAAUUAAUGUUGCAAGCCAGUGCAAAGUCCAUAAAGAUAGAUUGUCCAAUGUGUACAGAAUCAUGGUACCCUGGUUUCGAGAGGACUCUUUAACCACAGUCAGUGUGCCCUCAGUUACUGAGAUCUCAGGGAUGCUCCACACAAGUCGUCCAGACAACACUUCAGGUGUCCUCCUUCAGCUCCACACUGCCCCCAACUGCCAGUAUAAGGUGUCAAUAAGGACUUCAUUACCCAGGGUGCUGGGACAGAUACUGAGGUUCUGUGGUCCUAUGGUGCCAGUGUACACAGCUGUAACUCUCCUCCUGGCCUGUGGGGGGCAGCUGUCCUCCAUCCUGAAGUCUAGGCGAGCUGCAGCCAUGAGCCAGGUGGUCGGCAGAGGCCUGCAGCCUCAUAAAGUCAACCUGCCCCUUUAUGUUCUGCACAUCUUACUUAGCUGUAGCUGGUUUCAAGAGGUCUGGUCCAUUCUGUGCCUCCCCCCUAUGGAUGCCCUCCCCCCAACAUUCCCUGAUGCAACGUUUCAUGAAGGCGUGCUACCAGUUGAAGAAUGGCCCCACCUCCUUUCCCCUCUGCUUUACAUUUUGGGGGCAGCUGUGGCGUACUGGGGGAGCACGCUGCUCUGUCUCAUUAUGCGAGUGAUCUCAUUAAUAUUAGCUCCACUGCACAGACCGUCUGUCUCCAGAGAUUGUGGCACCCUGCGACUGCGGACCCAGCUCCUCAUCACCCUCUGUCUGACUGUUCUGGGCGGGACGUCCUGUGGAGCAUUGUCAAUCUUUGCUGCUUUUCUGCUCCACCUCUACAGAGUACUGAGGUUACAGAUGACAGAAAGGUCUUUGAGUCACAUGCUAAACCUGGCACCGCGGAAGCACAAAGAAACUGAGAAUGGCACAGUCGAUGCUGAGUGCUUGGACAGGUCUAAAGAAUGUAACGGCACCCCCCUGCUGUCAGAGUGUGCUCUGCAGGAGGUGAGGGAUGACCUGCAGCUCCACCUCUGCCUAUCAGCACUCUUCACGCUGCCUGUCAUGCUCAGCGCACCAUCACUCAUCCACUGGAUCCGCAACCUGAGAUACUCCACCCAGUUGGAUCCUGACCCUUGCUGGCCACACAUUGUGCCUCUAAUUAUUGUGUACAUGCUGCUUAUUAACUGCAACACUUUAAAACUCUGCAACAGCAAACUCCUGCCUCUGACUUCCUGCCUCCCUCUGCCCUUGGCCAUUACCAUGGUGACCUUCUCUCCACUCCACCUCUACAGAGUCACCUACUUCCUGCUGGCGACACUCAUCCCCCUGGCCUCGUGUUGUCUGCUCUGACGGUAUCUGGCUGGUUUCAGUCUUCAUCUCUACCAUAACAAGCCUUUCUCUAAGUUACAGCCUGACUCACUGCAGCUGGUUCAGACUGAUUUGUCCCAAAAAGACUUGAUGUAUCAAACUGCCAUGGAGCAGAGCCAUAGACAUACAUAGCUUGGGGAACUGCCUGCUCAAUGUUAGCGCUAAAAGCUCCAUGGCGAUUACACUACGUGUUUAAAUGAGAGGAUGUAAAGGCCUUGGAGCAUUUGGUGCAAAUAUGGCUCUGUUGGAUUGACCUGAAACCAAGUUUGCCUUACU